AAUUUUCCUAGGUUUUCGUUUGGUUCGUUGUUUUUGGUAAACGCCAGGUUCGAUUUUUACCUAAAAGGAAAAACAAACGCCAGGUUCGAUUUCGGACUUAACGGUUCGGUCGGUUCUGUCCUGCCGGGCACGAUUUUGACACCCCUCCCCUGAACUGCGACGCACGUCCUGCUUGAUUAAUUUUCUUUCCGUUCCCCUUCUCGUCCUCAGCAGCAUUGCUAUUUGCUACCAGCGCCGCCCUCUAUGUAUUCCCGGUUUCUGCCGACUCGCCGUUCUGUUCCCCUCCUUUCAACUAAAAUCAUCUGUCGUAAUGGCUUGCUUCAGUGAUAGAGAUUGAGUUGCUUUUUAACUAUGAGAGUUCCACUGUCUACUAUCUAUUAUUUGUUUUUCCAGAACGAAAAUGAGUUGUAGUUUUGAGCAGCAGAAGAUGGAGAAGAGAGAAGAGCUUUCAGGUAUUCUGGAUGGCCUUCCUCCUGUGGAAUUCUGCUGUGCUUAUGGGUCAGCUAUCCAUCCUAACAACCAGGAUAAGAAUACCAUGGUAGAUUACAUUCUUGGUGUAUCAGAUCCAAUGCAGUGGCACUCUCAGAAUCUGAAAAUGAACAAGGAACACUAUUCACAGUUGAUGGUUUACCUUGGUGGUGCAAAAUUGAUUACUCAAUUGGCCGAUGAAAUUGGUGUGGGCGUGCAUUUCAACCCGUUUGUGACUUAUAAUGACAAGUUGAUCAAGUAUGGUGUUGUCAGAAUGCAUGAUUUGGUUCAGGAUUUAUUAAAUUGGGAACGUAUCUACUUGAGUGGUCGUUUGCAAAAACCUGUGCAUAUACUGGUGGAUAAUCUCAACAUAGGAAAUCUAAAUUCGGUUAAUUUAAAGGCUGCCACUUCAGCUGCACUCCUCCUUUUGCCAUCCAAGUUUUCUGAGGAAGAUCUAUAUGCUAAAAUAUGUAGCCUCUCAUACAUGGGUGACUUGCGGAUGCUUUUUGCAGAGGAUAGGAAUAAGGUGAAAAAGAUUGUCCAUGGGCAGUUCAAUUUAUUCCAGAGAAUGUAUAAGCCAUUUCUAGAUGAGUAUGCUGCUAAGGAGUUGCUGAUAUUCUCGUCAACUGGUGGUCACCAAGCAGAUUUAACUCAGGAUUGUGGUUUAUCUGCAGCUCGCACCCUUGUUUCUUCCCUUCCUCCAACAGUCAGAAAUGAAAUGGGGCUGAAAUUGGGAGAGAAGCGAAGACUCAGUGAAACUGGCCGAACUAGACGUGAAGUUGUGAUCAACUCAAGGGAAGAGGCUGCCGAGUGCAUGCGGAAAGUGGUGAGGCGUACAGUAAUGGUUUCAAGCACGAGGCAGGCCAUAUCUGGAUUUCUUGCUGUGGGUAGUUUCAAUGCCAUUCGAUACAUCUCACAGAAGAUGGAGAAAGCCUGGAGGUCUUGGACAUGAUCAUUUAUUUCUUUUUUGUGACUUUUAAAGAUUGUUUCAUCGUCAGCUCUAAGUAUGUGAAGCUGAUCUUUUCACUGGCUGGUGGAACCGUCUGCUCGAUUGUGAACGGCACUGGAACGUCCUUUUAAAGCUAAGGACAAAUAUCGUGCCAAAUUGGUUUCUCCAUUUUCCUGUUUUUGAUGUUAUGUUUGGUUGGUUUUGAUCCAGCAGCAGUAACAGCUUUAUCAUGUAUUUGAAAAACUAGGAAGGAAUUUAUUCCUUCAAGUACAUGUAUCACCUGCACCUGAUUUCAUCUGUCUAACCAUUCGUUCGGCUUUC